AGGACAAGUUGAAGUAGGUAGAGCAGGAGUUGGAGAGGCUGAUGAGGACGGGGUAGUAAAGGGAAGAGAUCUAUGCGUGCCCACCCUUUGGCAUGGUGCAUCGGGUGUUGACGCACAGUCGAGAGUGCAAAGCUCGAGUGUUGCUGAUUCUUCUGGCAUGGGUUUCGGCACCGUGGUGGCCGAUCUUUCUCAGGGCGUCCAAGAAGGUAGUGGAGUUGCCACCGACAGUGGAGAUCAUCGUUCCAGGGCCGUCGGGGCAGAAGGAUCAUGCAAAAACCCGGCUUGGAGGCUAUUGGCGGCGAAAAUAGAAUGGUAG